CUAAAUAAUAACCCUGCAGGUGGUUUCCUCUGAUUAUUUGCUCAUUUUCGUCCCACUUGCAUAGCGAAAGAACAUGAAGGCCUCCAUGUCAGAUUUCUUUAAGAACCUUGAUGAUUUCACAACUCCACGCGAGAUGCUAAACGACUUUUACAUGUCUUCCUUCGUUAUGACCAGAAAAGAUAAUUUUUAUGACCGUUCUGCCUUAUUUAGUUGCUUGUGCCUAUUGGAUGACGCGGAUCUUGUCGAUUUGCCAACUCCUGCAAUUGUUAAGCCUGUUGAGCUUUGGAGUGGUAAGCAGCUAUUUAACAUUCUAUUGCGCCCACAUGCCAAUGUGAAAGUCUGUGUGGAUCUUACCGUAGAGGAGAAAAUAUACACGAAGGUGGAUGAGGAGAAAAGAGAAUUGAAAACAUUGUGCCCGAAUGAUGGGUUUGUUUACUUUCGUAACAGUGAGUUGAUCUCUGGCCAAUUUGGAAAGGUUACUUUAGGAAAUGGUAAUACGGAGGGACUGUUAUCUCUGAUACUGAGAGAAUGCGAAGCAGAAGCAGCUGCAUCUUGCUUGAAUCGUUUAGCGAAAGUGAGAUGUCGUCAGCCAUGGAUCCUUGAUUUCAAUGGCGCGACAGGCAUGAAUGAUAUUACACCAAAUGAGAUGGUGAUUAAGAAGAAAGAGGAAAUACUUUCAGAGGCUUAUAGGAAAUGUGAUGAGUACAUAGAAGCUUUCAAUAAAGGAAAACUAGAGCUCAUACCUGGUUGUGAUGCUGCUCAAACAUUAGAGACCCGGAUAACUCAAGUAUUGAACGGUAUAAGUGAUGUGAUCAGGAAGUUUUUCUUGCAAACUACGCACUGGAGAAAUAUUCUAUUGGUCAUGUCGCAGUGUGGAUGGAAAAACUCUACCGGUGAAAUGGUUGGCUGUCUUGGUCUACAGUCAGUUCGUGGGUUUGAAGAUCGAAUCCUUCCUCAUUUCCCUAAAAAUGCACAAACGCCUGCAGCUAGAGGUUUUAUUGCUAAUUCAUUUUCCAGUGGAUUGAGGGGUACUGAGUUUUUUCUUCACUGCCAAGCGAACAGAUUUCGUUUAUUAGACGAUUAAAACUGCAUAGACCGGAUAUUUGUCAUGUUAAUUAGUUAAAUGAAUGGAAGAUUUGUUUUUACAUUAUGCUAACACGGUAAGAAAUGUGGGUGGUUCUAUUGUUCAAUUUUGCUAUGGAGAUGAUAGCAUGAAUCCGACAGGCAUACGGAGGAAAAACUUGGAAAACGAUUAAUUUGAGCAGUUGUUUCUUAAAUGCAAGGUUUGAAAACGGCCAUGGUUAUUUAGUUUCAUCAUUAUUGUUUGGAACUUUGCAACAUUAUGAAAAUAUUUAUGAUGUGGUUUCUUGUAUAACUGGGCAAGUGGAUGCAUUUUUUAGGGGAAAAUUUUUCUGACA